AUGGGUAAUACAAUUAGGGGAGUUAUUGCCUUUAUACCCUCCAACAGCUGUCAGAAAUACCUCCUAGGGGACUUGGAAGAAAUGCCUAUUGAUAAGAUGGUUGAUUUAAGCAGCAUGCAGUUGAGGAGAUUUCCUCUACGAGUCUGUGCAUUUACAGAGCUUGUUAAGUUGUAUCUAAGUGACAACAAUUUAAAUACUCUCCCUCCGGAGUUGGAAUUGCUGCAGAACCUUCAGAUAUUAGCACUAGACUUCAAUAGCUUUAAGGUGCUGCCUCAGGUUGUAUGUACUCUGAAACAACUCUCAAUCCUUUAUCUGGGGAAUAACAGAUUGCCAGACCUUCCACAAGAGAUGAGCUCCCUCAAAAACCUGCAAACUCUCUGGAUUGAGUCCAAUUACCUGACACAAUUACCUGAUGUCAUCUGUGAACUUACCUUGCUGAAGACACUUCAUGCUGGGUCCAACCCAAUUCGCCAACUACCCACGGAGUUACAAAACCUCAAGGAAUUACGUAGCAUCUGGUUAUCUGGGAACCUGCUCUAUGAUUUUCCAAAAGUCUUGCUAAACAUGCCCUUCCUGGAAGUCAUUGAUGUAGACAGAAAUGGCAUCAGGUUUUUUCCUAGCCUGGUCCAUAUGCCAGGUUUAAAACUUGUUAUCUAUGACCAUAACCCAUGCAGAAAUGCUCCAAAAGUGGCCAAGGGAGUAAGAAGAGUGGGAAGAUGGUCUGAGGAGACUCCAGAACCAAAGAAAAGAUCAGACGUAGAAGCAGAACUUGAAAAGGCUCUAGAAAAUAAGGAUGUCAGGCCUCCUACUUCAAAAGAAACAGCAAAACAAAGUAAUGAAAAUGCAGCCGAUAUAACAACUGUGCUAAAUUAA